UUCUUCAACUUCGAUCUAAACCCCUUGGUACGGUACACGUUCUGGUCCGUGCAAGUACAGGGGCUGUACAACAUGAUAUCCUGGAUCGGAAUAAGUCAGAUGGGUUACAUGAGGUAUUCCUCCGUACCGUCUGUAACUUUGGCUAAGAGACUGUGUUCCUACUACUUCGUGGGGCUGAGCGCCCUGUGGCUGACCUUCUUCUUUUCCGGCAUCGUGGCCUAUGCGACCUACAGCGGUUGCGACCCGCUGACCUCCGGCAGGAUAGACGAGCCGGACCAGAUUCUGCCCUACUUGGUCGUCCGGAAGGUCUCGCGUUUCCCCGGCAUGGCCGGACUCUUCGCUGCUGCCGUCUACAGUGGCAUGCUCAGCUCUAUGUCAACCUACGCGAAUUCGUCAGCGUCUCUGAUCUGGCAGGAUUUCCUCAGGGAGAUGAAAUCCUUCAAAGAAUAUUCGGAUCAACAGGCAACUAGGAUGCUCAAAAUGAUCUCCGCAGUGAUAGGCGUAUCUGCAAUUGGCUUUGCAAUGCUUGUAAAACAUCUGGGCAGCAUUGUGGUGGUAACAAACAGCGUCUUCAAUGCGGGCAGUGGCUCACUGAGUGGAGUAUUCAUCGCUGGCAUUUGUGCCCCGUGGGUCAAUUUGAAGGGAGUAUAUGCAGGCUUUAUCACUGCGCUAGCCUUCAACAUGUGGCUCAUGAUUGGGCAAUUCAUCACUGGAUACGGACAGCCAGAGAAGCUUCCGCUGUCGACAGAAGAAUGCCUGGAAAAUCUAUACGACUGGAACUCGACUUCUACAGUAAUGACCACUGUAUCGUCUGAUGAACCUUACGAAGAAGCAGUGGAGAAAACUAUCUAUGACUUGAGUUACUGCUACACAGGCAUGAUUGGCAUCAUUUUGAAUUACAUUGUGUCUUCGUUGGCGUCCGUCUUCAUAGGUCCUCUUAGUCCUCACACUGUCGAUGCAAGACUGAUAAGCCCCAGCUGUUUAAAGCUGUACAAACGCAUCUGGAUUUUUCUUUAAGGAACGCCGUUUUCGAACAGAGGAGAGUGCCCGAAACACAAACAGUUUUGACGUGACUGCAGCCGAGAAAAGGGAAUUAACCACUGAUGCAAAAUACUCACCUGACAAUUAACUUUAAUCAUUUAAAAUAACCUGGACAUUGCUGAGCAUACUUCCUGCAGUCCUUUCUGUGUUGAGCGUUCAGCUGAUUGUUGUUUUUAAACUUAGCAUAUAUUAUACAUUCUUUUUUUAUAAA